UUCAAAUGACAUUCAUUUAGUGUGACGUUUACCGUUCAUUGAUGAGGUGGUGACAUUUUUUUUUAAUAAUGUUAUUUUGCCGGUAAAUAAAACGGAUCGUGGCCAAUGUCAAAGGUUAUAAUAGUAUUAUAGUGUUUAAUUUAUAGAAACCCUAUAAAGUGCGUAGUCGAUGUUCUUUCAAACGGUAAUGUGCGAAACAAGUAAAUUGAGACGAUUGAUCCGGUUACUUUAGUAAAAUGAGUUCCGGCGCAGAUAACGAUUGGAAAAAGAAUUUAGGAUUUCCAAUAAACUACGACUCGGGACAAAGUACGGAUGAAGACUUAGAUACCAAGGAUGUCGUGAUGAGACAUCCGCAGCAGUCGUCCAAGUAUCUGCUGGCAGAAAACGGGGAUGGCUCGGAGGCUGACCUCCUGGGAACAACUCCUCCACGAGCUCGCAUCAGGGAUAAAGAGAAGAGACGGAACAUUUUUGAUUCCGGCUUAUAUAAGCCUUUGGUGGAAGGGAAGAGUGUCAUAGAACCACCACUGCCUCCAGAGCGUUUUAAAAAGCGAACCAGUCUUAAACUUAUAAGGACCAAGGAACGUGACUGGAAGGAUGGUCAACGGGAGACCCGAGCUGAUUCAUUACCUUCACCCAGCCCUCAAGCGGCUGUUCCAACUUUGGUGGAGUCAUGCAAUCGCUUUAUGUCCCUCACCUCACGGCUCAAAUGCAAAGAAGAAUGUGAGGAGGUCCAAGAGCGGCAUCAAGACGACGAGCUGCCAGCCAGCAGGGUCGACUUCCACAGCACGUUCAGUAUGCUCAUCAACAUGGGAAACAUUGAUAAAGGAUGUCGGAGAACGGUGUGUGAUCAGAUCAGCCACGAGGAGCAGGUGUGGCAGAAUGAACUCAAGGAUCUCAUCUGGCUGGAGCUGAAGGCGAAACUGGCGGGGCGGACCCUGGCGGCACAGGACGAGGAGCUGUGCGUGAGGAGGAGCCUUGUGUCGGGGAUCGUGCAGAGAAUUAAGGAAUACAGAUUUGAGAAUCCCACGCCGUGUCGACAUCGCGCUCGGAGACUGGCGACUAUCGACGACUCAGCUGAAGAUCCGCAGAAAACAGGCUCUGACGAAGUAGUCACCGAGAAUGAGGAGGACUUCAUAUGCAUCUGCAUCGACUGCACCGCGUGUACGGCGAGCGUCGGGGCGGCCAUGAAGCAGGUGGCGUCGCUGCUGGAGGCGGUUGACUCGGCCGUGGAGCUGUACCCGUCCAGCUGUGCAGCCGCCGCGGACCACCCCGCACUCUUCGAACCGGAGGUCACCAACAGACUCAAGGCGAUGUGUCUGUGGUACAACACGGCGCUCCACAUGCGACUCAAAGUGAUGUCCGUCCGUCGGAUGUUGCGCUACGUGCGCGAGAAGACGAGGAGGCACUACAGCGUCGCCAGCAACAGGAAAUCGUCUGUCGCCCAACGAACGUCUCAAGUCCGUUUCAACGUGAGCACCAGUCCCAGUGACUCCAACAACAGUGACGCCAGCGGCAACUCCGACAGUAGACCCGAAAAACAUGCAGACGGAGACGCGGACAAAGACAGGAGCGAGAAAGACGAGGCGGAGAAAGGAACAGACGUCGUCGACAGCGGAUACGGAAGAUCAGACGCCGACACACCCGAGGUCGUAGUGUCGGACCCGUACAGCACCACCGACACCACCGUCUCCAGCGAGUCAGGGUACACCUCGGAGGCGGAGGACCCCUCGGACGUGUUCGAGCUGGGAGGGCUGCAGGACGUAGCGCAGCUCCGGCUCAUGGGACGGACCGACGUGUCCGCGUACCGAGACUACCACUACGAGAUGCUGAAGACGCAGGGCGUGCGGCGCUGCAUGACCUUCAUGAACAAGAUGUGCAACAAACUCCUCAACAAGGUGUACCUCACGCUGAUGGACCCCCAGGAGCCGGACGGCGAGCAUCACAAGCACCAGGCCAGUGACAAGAACAAUUACGAGUUCAGGAGAUACGGGUGUUGGUCCGAGGAGACGCUGUCCAUGAAGCUUCCGUCGUACAGGAACCACUUCCUGUUGCUAACCACCAUCUCCAUGGAGGCGGUGCACGACUACCUCACCAUGAGGCUGGAGGGCCGGCCGGACCACCCCUCGUGUCUUACCGUCAAACAGCUCAUCCACGAGCUUAAGGAGGGUCUGGACAUAGCGGCGGAGACUCGCGCGUCCUUCGCCAGGAACGUGCAGGCGGCUCUCAGGAACGCGAGGGUUGCGGAGCGGGCGCGGGGGGAACUCGCUCAUGUACUGCACACCUUCGAUAAUACUGUCGAAACAGCGCUACAGCAAUACCUGUCGUACCUGAGCAAGAUGUCGGAGACGGAGCCUCUGAGCCGAGCUCGUCUGUCGUCCGAGUGGAGCUUCACCAGCAGACUGGCAGCACGGGCGCCCCCCGCCGCAUACCUCGCACCACCGGCCUUCGCAGACAUGGCGUGUAACCAGCUGAAGCGGGUCCUCAACAGGUUCGAGGAGAAGUUCCAUCAGGUCAUGGACAUAGAGCAGAGCGAACACUCGGAGGCGGAGGAGAGGUACCUGGUGUACGCCUUGUGCCGUGAGACACAGACCAUCUACUCCAGCGAGCGGGAGGCAGCGCUCCAGGCGGCUCAGUGGGCGAGGUCGCUGGCCGCCAAGAUCGCUCACACACACCGGCAGCACUCUGAUAGGAUCUUUGAAUGCCUCAUGGCCAUCCGGGAUUGUUUGGUUCGUCACACGGACAUCAUACUGGAGAAGAGCAAGCCCCUGACCCUGGAGAUGCCCAAAGACAUGAGGGAGUCUCUGGGAGGAAGGGUCAGGGAACUGCUGCUGCAGGUGUACAAGCUGGGCUUCGAGCUGCACAUGGAGCUGCACAGGUUCGCGACCCCCGCCCGCCCUGUGCCACGCCGGCCGGUGUCUCUCCAGCCGGUGCCGCCCAGCCGCCCUCCGCCAGCCGCCACCAGGCCGGGGACUGUGCUGAUAAACACACACAUGAUGCACAAAGAACUUUAUAGGUUCGUGAAUGAGACGCCGCAGAAGACUCCGACGAAAGGAACCUCGUGCUCGCCGCGGAACAUCCGCUUCGUGAGGUCGGAGAGUAUAGGGGAGGAGGCGGAGCAGCCCGCGGACGACCAGGCCGUGAUGCCUUCCACGGACAUCGAGGCCCUCCUAUCGGGUCCUCGAGGCCCCGAGUCCCCGGUCCUUCGGCGGCGAGCCCCGUCGCCGCCCCGCUCGGACUGUAAGCGUGUCGCUCGAGCGGUCAUCGAGUUCGCCAAGUGCUGGAUGAAGUUCGUGGUGGAGCGAUGUGACCGCGGCCGAGGACUGCGGCCGAGGUGGGCCAGUCAAGGACUCGAGUUCCUGAUGCUGGCUUGUGAUCCCUGCAACACCAAGCAUCUCACGGACGAGGAGUUUGAGGACCUGAAACAGCUGAUGGACGGAUGCAUCUCACACGUGAUCGGCUCACGGGCGGCCUCCUCACCCGCGCCACCCCGGGCCAGGCAUCGGUUACAUAGCCCCCUCCCCCCGUGCCCCGCGACCUCUCCGCCGUCCGAGAGAGACGCGCCGCUGUUGCUGCACAGGCUGGACGAUAACGUGUACAGCAAGCGCAUCCUGGAAGCCGUGCAGCAUCUGGACGAGUCCCGGGACGAGAAGCUCCGCUCCGCCAAGGCCGUGGGCCGGGCGUUGGAGUCCACCGUCAGGAGCUACGAGCCCAAACUCAGACAACUCACAUUCAAAUGGCAGAGAGGACUCAAAAUAGGCGCUGGCACCUUCGGAAAGGUGUACACGGUGGUGAACACGGAGAGUGGCCAGGUGCUGGCCAUGAAGGAGCUGAGUGUGGGCGCGGGGGACCGGCGGGCGCUGCAGCGGGCGGCCAACGAGCUCAGGGUGCUGGAGGGAGCCGUCCACCCACACCUCGUGCGCUACUACGGCUGCGAACUGCACCGGGAGGAGAUGUUGAUCUUCAUGGAGCUGUGCGUGGAGGGCUCGCUGGAGGCUCUGGUAGCCACUUCCGGUCCACUGGCGGAGCACACCACCCGCCGCUACACCAAGCAACUGGUCAGCGCCGUCUCCGAGCUACACAGUCGGUCCAUUGCUCACAGGGAUAUUAAAAGUGGUAACAUAUUCCUAACGAACGAGGGUCACUGCCUGAAGCUGGGUGACUUCGGAUGCGCCGUCAAGAUACGAGCUAACACCACCGCGCCCGGGGAGCUGCAGGGCUUCGUGGGGACCCAAGCUUACAUGGCCCCCGAGGUGUUCAUGAAGUCGUCAGGUCACGGUCGCGCCGCGGACAUCUGGUCUCUGGGGUGUGUCGUCACAGAGAUGGCCUCUGGGAAGCGACCCUUCUCAGAGUACGACAGCAACUACCAGAUAAUGUUCGUGGUGGGUAUGGGGGGCCGGCCUCACAUCCCGGACACGCUCUCCGAGGAGGGACAGAUGUUCUGCGUCAGCUGUCUCACACACGACCCUGACCAGCGGCCCAGGGCGGAGGCUCUCAGUCUGCAUCACUUCUUGAUGGUGAAAUCCGACGACGACUACAAGUGUGACCCGGCCUACCUCAUGACGUAGACAAGGGUUCGAGAGCAGCUUACACGCGACGAUGAGACGGCAGGCUACAUGAGACCGGGUAUCGGGCACACUAAACCCACUUAAAAUGAGCCCCCGUUGGAUCAGCGUCGUAUACAACAUGUGGAUCAACUUAGUCUGUUCAAUUUUUCCAGCAUCUACGUAGGAUUCCUAGUUGUAUUUAUUUAAAUAGAGAAUAUAUAUAUAUAUGUAAAUAAUUAUCAAACAGACAGAUAUAUGUUUGUACAUUACACUGUCGACGACCGUUCAUAACCAGCGCGUAGAGAAUAUAGGUGUUAGGGACUUUUGGUCUGUGAGAUACUUUUCAAGGAAACUUCACUAGGAGAUGAGAUGCAGCUUAAAACAAAGCUGGGGAUGUAUUUUAUUGUUGUUACGUAUUCAUUUUAUUUUUUAUUAAUUUUAUUUGAAAAUGUAUUUUAAUAAUAUUGUGUAGCUAACAAUAUGAGCCGCCGUCGGUUCAGGAGCUGUUCGCGCGUCGAGGAAUGUAUUCAAUAUGUAAAGACAUGAAACGUCGUUAGCGAGGCGAGCCGCCUCCGGACACAAUAAACAUUCAGUUGAA